AUGGCACAUGUGCUUGAAACCUUGACAUCGAGGGCCGUCGAAAGACAAUCGGAGGAAGCUGAUGAAGCUGGAGUUGUCACCGGAGGGGAAGAAGAGCCUGGCAGCGAAGAGAUCGGAGCGGGAACGGAGGGCGCAAAGGUGGUUGCUGGCAAUGGGGUCGGUGGCGGGAGAGAAGGAGCAGAGGACAUCGACCGCGAGGGCGGAGCAGGAGGAGGAGGGGAGGAAGGAGGAGGAGUCAAGGAAGGAGUUGACGGCAGCGAGGACGGAGGAGGAGGAGAGAGGCGGAGGGAUUUGGAGGGAGGGGAGGAGAGAUAA